CGUCCCGCUUCUGCGGAGGACGCGCGUGCGUGUCGCGCACUUCUGACGCGACGGCGUGCGGUUCCGUUCGACGCGCGUCUCGGCAGCGCGUCAAUAAACUCAAUGGCCGUGACCGAGAAACUGAUCCAGAGCGUCCACGCUUACCCGGUGCUUUAUAACGUGUCGCUGCACGAUUAUCGCAGCGCGGAGCGGCGCGUGAAAGCGUGGAGGGAGGUCGCCGCGUCCGUCGGUCUCUCCGUGGUGGAGUGCAAGCGGCGCUGGAAGACGAUCAGGGACCGGUACAUCCGCGAGCGGAGGCUGUGUCAGCUGCGGAGGGAAGAAGGCGGCCGGAGGCUUCAUUUCUGGCCACACAGAGAAAGCCUGUCGUUUCUGGACGCUCACGUCAGGAAGAGGAAGCGUCUCGGUGAGCAGCCGGACGACUCUCUGGACGAGUCCAGCGGCGGAGACUCCAAGCCCGGCUCGGACACGGUCCAGGAGCGUCCGCUCAAAGCUCUGUCCAUCGUCAAGCCGGUGACCCAGCUGCUGCUGACCGGUCUGCCUCCGGGCCUGAAGCUGCCCCAGCCGCCCGCUCCGAGCCCAGCGCCGCCGGCCGUCACCGGAGAGAUCGACGGCAAGACGGAGAAAGACAAGGAGAAGGCCUUCGACGAGGACGAGCUGUUUCUCCUGAGCUACGUCCCUGCCCUCAAAAGACUGACGCCGCAGAAAAGAGCCGCCGUCAAGAUGCAGAUCCAGCAGAUCAUGUUUGACGCAGAGUUCAAAGAGCAGCUCUGACCCCGGAUGUGCUUCCUUUAGUCACGUACCGCCACAAGAACUAGCUCUUCAGCUUUUUCAAACGCAACAUUUCUUUCUUUUUAAGAGGUCUCUUCUUCUUCUCACCAAGUCUGCAUUUAUUUGAUCCAAAAUACAGCAAAGCUGUAAAAAAAAAUUAAAAGUUUCUAUGAAUGCAUGUUUCCGCCACUAAAUAAAAAAAUAGGUUGUGACUUUUUUUCUCAAAAUCUUAUAUAAAGUCAGAAUAUUGUCUUUUAUGGAUUAAUGAAAAGUAGUGCUGACUAAUGAUUUAUUGUGAUUAAUUAUAUCCAAAAUAAUAGCUUUCUUUUACAUAAAGUGUGUGUUAUGUGUAUAAACAUAAAGUACAUCUAUAUAUUCAUAUAAUUUACAUUAAAUGAUCAUAUAUUUAAUGCAAACCUAAUUUUAUAAAAUAUACACAUGCAUAUAUGUAUUUAUAUAAACAUAAACCAAUUUGAAUAUGAUUAAUCACGAUAAAACAAAAAAAGGGACAUUUGAAAAGUCUAAAGACUGCAUUGAUGCUUUCAUGAAGAACCUUUAUCCUCCGUGGAACAUUUCUGUUCUUUAGAGUACGAAAAUAUUCUUUAAACCACCAUGAAAAGAAAAACUGGUUCUUUAAAGGCUUUCUGAUGCUGUUAAUGAUCUCAAAUGACAUAAAUGUGAGAUAAUAAGACAAGCGGAAGCAGAGCUUUCUGGUCCAGAUCUCACCGAGGAACGUUUCUUCAACAAGCUGAACUUUCUUUGUUUUUUUAUCCACGAGCGUGAAGAAACACAAGAUCUGAGAUGAUCGGCCCGCGCUGGAACUGAACGAGAGAAACAGGAAAAGGCCCUCAAUCUCAAUCCAGCAGAACCUGAGCGAGUCUGUUUAUUUGUAUCUGCUUUUGAUCCUCCUUAUCCGUCUGGCUUAAGACAGAUUUUGAAAAUCCAUUAAUUCCUUGAUGAAAACCACAUAUAGACGGAUGUGUAUGAUUACAAAGGAUUUGUUGGGAAUGAAUGGAGCGUGUACAAUAGCCUCGUCUUUUAUCAAAAAUGAGAUAAGACGGAGUCAAGUGUUUCUGCUCCUCACUCAUGAAAUUAAGAUCCUGAAUCAUAAUCUAUAAAUCCCGUUCACACCGAGUGGUGUUUCAUCAUUAACCCUCUGGUGUCCUUCAUCUCGGCCUCAAAAGUGACCAGAAACCUGAAAUACAACUCUUUUCCAGUAAAAUCAAUUGAAUGUAUUUCUCUUCAAUAAUAUUUUUUGUCUUUUGAGAGAAUUUCACGACACUAAUGUAUGUGUGUGCAAUAAUCACCAUCAGCUUUUCCCAAUUAAAAGGUUUUUUUUUAGUUUUUAAUUACGGCGGUAGACUCUUUCAUUUUAAAAUAGAUAGAGUGUUUUUAAAAGCCAGUGUUUUAUUGUCAGAUUAGUGCCAUCUGCUGGGAGUAGAAGACCUCUGCAGGCCAGGGUUUAGAUUUAGAUU